AUGCCCGCCAAGAAGCGCUGCCAGUUCCAGGACGAGACUCCCUGCAACCAGGCAGUCCUCCGCAUCGUCGGCAAAUGCCCUCAUUGCGUUCACGAGUUCUGUGGCAACCACCGUAUGCCCGAACACCACAAGUGCUUGAAUUUGGACAACUGCCGGCAACAGGCGUUCGACAAGAACAAGGCGAAGCUGGAGAGUGAGCGGACUGUUGCGUCUAAGAUGGCGACCGCAUAG